CUCUCGCCGCGGGCAGACGCGCGAAGCGAGCGGGAAGCAGGCUGGUGGCGGCGCGGCGAGCUGCGUCCAUUUCCACCCCGGCCCGCCGCCCGCCGUGCAGCCACGAUGUUUCGGAUGCUGAGCAGCGGCUUCGAGGACGACCCCUUCUUCGCUGAUUCCUUUCUUGCACACCGAGAAAGCAUGCACCACAUGAUGAGAAGUUUCUCUGAACCUUUUGGAAGAGACUUGCUCAGUAUCUCUGAUGGUAGAGGAAGAACCCGUACUCGUAGAGACCGUAAAGAUGGAGAAGAUUCCUUAACUGCAACAAGUGUUUCUCUUGUGCCUUUUGGAAGGUUUGGUGGUAUGCAUACAGAUGUCAACCCUUUUCAGGCAAUGGAUCGGAUGAUGUUAAAUAUGCGAAAUGGUAUGCAGGAGUUACAAAGAAACUUUGGUCACCUUUCAAUGGAUCCAAAUGGGCAUUCAUUUUGUUCUUCCUCUGUUAUGACCUAUUCCAAAGUAGGAGAUGAACCACCAAAGGUUUUCCAGGCCUCAACUCAAACCCGUAGGGCUCCAGGAGGAAUAAAGGAAACCAGAAGAGCAAUGAGAGAUUCUGACAGUGGUCUAGAGAAAAUGGCUGUUGGUCAUCAUAUCCAUGACCGAGCUCAUGUCAUUAAAAAGUCCAAGAAUAACAAGACUGGAGAUGAAGAGGUCAAUCAAGAGUUCAUCAAUAUGAAUGAAAGUGAUGCUCACGCUUUUGAUGAUGAGUGGCAAAAUGAAGUUUUGAAGUUCAAGCCUAGUGGACAAUCAUAUAAUCUAGAAAACACUAGAGUGCGAAGUGUGGGUCAUGAAAAUUCAGUGUCACGAGAACUCAAAAGGAGAGAGAAAAUGCAUCGAAAUUCAGCCAUUGAGAAUGGAAGAAGAUCAAACAUUUUUGUGGACAAACUCAACAUCAAAGGAUCACCUGUGAAAAUCACCAAAAAAUAAAUAGCUGUGCAUUUCA